AUGUUCAUUAACCGUUGAUUAUUCUCAACUAACCAUAAAGACAUCGGAACUCUAUACUUAUUAUUUGGUGCUUGAGCCGGAAUAGUAGGGACUGCCCUUAGCCUUCUUAUUCGAGCAGAGCUCGGACAGCCAGGAGCUCUACUAGGAGAUGAUCAAAUCUAUAAUGUCGUCGUCACUGCUCAUGCUUUCGUAAUAAUUUUCUUUAUAGUUAUACCUAUUAUAAUCGGAGGCUUCGGCAACUGACUAGUGCCUCUUAUAAUCGGAGCCCCCGACAUAGCAUUCCCACGAAUAAACAAUAUAAGCUUCUGGCUUCUGCCACCUUCUUUCCUUUUAUUAUUAGCCUCCUCAAUAGUAGAAGCAGGCGCAGGAACUGGUUGAACCGUAUAUCCCCCUCUAGCAGGAAACUUGGCCCACGCAGGAGCUUCUGUAGAUCUUACUAUUUUCUCUCUUCACUUAGCAGGUGUGUCCUCUAUUUUAGGCGCUAUUAAUUUUAUUACUACCAUUAUCAAUAUAAAACCUCCCGCUAUAUCACAAUACCAAACCCCUCUAUUUGUGUGAUCUGUCCUCAUUACCGCAGUCCUGCUGUUAUUAUCUCUCCCAGUCCUAGCAGCAGGAAUUACCAUACUUCUAACUGAUCGAAAUCUCAACACAACCUUCUUUGACCCCGCUGGCGGAGGAGACCCUAUUCUCUACCAACACUUAUUUUGAUUCUUCGGUCAUCCUGAAGUCUAUGUCCUUAUCCUACCUGGAUUUGGCAUAAUUUCCCAUAUCGUAACCUACUAUUCUGGGAAGAAAGAACCAUUUGGCUACAUAGGAAUAGUUUGAGCAAUAAUAUCCAUCGGAUUUCUAGGCUUUAUUGUCUGAGCCCAUCAUAUGUUCACAGUAGGAAUGGAUGUAGACACUCGGGCAUACUUCACAUCCGCUACCAUAAUUAUUGCUAUCCCAACUGGCGUAAAAGUAUUUAGCUGAUUAGCUACCCUACACGGAGGUAACAUCAAAUGAUCCCCCGCCAUAUUAUGAGCUCUAGGCUUCAUUUUUCUAUUUACCGUCGGGGGUCUGACCGGAAUUGUCCUUGCCAACUCUUCACUCGACAUCGUCCUCCAUGACACCUACUAUGUAGUAGCACACUUUCACUAUGUCCUGUCCAUAGGUGCAGUCUUUGCAAUUAUAGGAGGUUUUGUCCACUGAUUCCCCUUAUUUUCAGGAUUUACCCUCCAUUCAACAUGAGCCAAAAUCCACUUCGCAAUUAUAUUUGUAGGAGUAAAUCUAACCUUUUUUCCUCAACAUUUCCUCGGACUAUCUGGCAUGCCCCGCCGAUACUCAGAUUACCCAGAUGCAUACACUAUAUGAAAUACCAUUUCUUCCAUAGGUUCAUUUAUCUCUCUAACCGCAGUUAUACUAAUAGUCUUUAUAAUCUGAGAAGCCUUUGCUUCAAAGCGAGAGGUAUUAGCAGUUGAAUUACCUGCCACAAACCUUGAGUGACUUCACGGCUGUCCCCCACCUUAUCACACAUUUGAAGAACCUACCUACGUAAAAGCGUAG